AUGAGAAAUGAUAAAUUAGAACAUGAUCUUCCGCAGCAAUCGAGCGAUAUGGUCAUGGUCAUGCCCUCCGAAACGUUGCAUUAUUUUUGGUAUCGUGUUGGUAUCACGAUAUUGACUUUUUGCCACGUCUCAAACCACCACAUGUCCAUCUUCUUUGGCUUUGGCAAAGUUUUAGAGAGCUUAACGCAAAUAUGCUGUUUCUGGUCUAUGGAUUAUGGAAUCACGCUGGAUGUAUUAUCGGAGCAUGAUCAAGGUGGACAUUUUAGCAUCCAUCGAUAUCCUUUUAUAUUUGUAUUGGCGGCCGUUGUCGCUGCUGGUCAUCCUGCACUAUAA